CCGCCCCCCUCGCUCGGGCCCCGGCCCCGCGCCGCGCGCUCUUCACUUCUUGGGGGCUUUUUAAAACAGCGCCACUGGGGUCUUCUCCAUGCGGCUCGGGAUAUGACAGCCUCCGUGCUCCUCCACCCGCGCUGGAUCGAGCCCACCGUCAUGUUCCUGUACGACAACGGCGGCGGCCUGGUGGCCGACGAGCUCAACAAGAACAUGGAAGGGGCGGCGGCUGCGGCGGCGGCUGCGGCGGCGGCGGCCGGGGCCGGGGGCGGGGGGUUCCCCCAUCCGGCGGCGGCGGCUGCAGCGGCGGCCGCGGGGGGCAACUUCUCGGUGGCAGCGGCGGCCGCGGCGGCGGCGGCGGCCGCAGCCAACCAGUGCCGCAACCUGAUGGCGCACCCCGCGCCCCUGGCGCCACCGCCGGGCGCCGCGGCCGCCUACAGCAGCGCGCCCGGGGAGGCGCCCCCGUCGGCCGCCGCUGCUGCCGCCGCAGCCGCUGCCGCUGCCGCCGCCGCCGCGUCGUCCUCCGGAGGGCCCGGGCCGGCGGGCCCGGCGGGCGCCGAGGCUGCCAAGCAGUGCAGCCCCUGCUCGGCGGCGGCGCAGAGCUCGUCGGGGCCCGCGGCGCUGCCCUACGGCUAUUUCGGCAGCGGCUACUACCCGUGCGCCCGCAUGGGCCCACACCCCAACGCGAUCAAGUCGUGCGCGCAGCCCGCCUCGGCCGCCGCCGCCUUCGCCGACAAGUACAUGGAUACCGCAGGCCCCGCAGCCGAGGAGUUCAGCUCCCGCGCUAAGGAGUUCGCCUUCUACCACCAGGGCUACGCGGCCGGGCCUUACCACCACCACCAGCCCGUGCCUGGCUACCUGGAUAUGCCGGUGGUACCGGGCCUCGGGGGCCCCGGCGAGUCUCGCCACGAGCCCCUCGGGCUGCCCAUGGAAAGCUACCAGCCCUGGGCGCUGCCCAACGGCUGGAACGGCCAAAUGUACUGCCCCAAAGAGCAGGCGCAGCCACCCCACCUCUGGAAGUCCACUCUGCCCGACGUCGUGUCCCACCCCACGGAUGCCAGCUCCUACAGGAGGGGGAGAAAGAAGCGUGUGCCUUACACCAAGGUGCAACUCAAAGAACUGGAACGGGAAUAUGCCACGAACAAAUUCAUUACCAAGGAUAAACGCAGGCGGAUAUCAGCCACGACGAACCUCUCCGAACGGCAGGUCACGAUUUGGUUCCAGAACAGGAGAGUCAAAGAGAAAAAAGUCAUCAACAAACUCAAGACCACUAGUUAAUGGAUUAAAAGUGGAGUCAUGGGGGGGCAGCUUGGAGAAAUUUACGAACCGGAGGCUUGACCCAGGCGAGGGUCCCGAGGUCGCCAGACCAUAACUGAAGGAUGGAGAAGGGAGACUGCCAUGCUGCGCUCACCCAGGGCGACCCCUGGCUCUUCCGUGAAACCUACGGCUCCUUCUGCUGCACCUACUGCUACUUUUUAACAACUUUAAGAGACGGUCCAGAACAAGAUCCCUGCUUCUUCGGUCAACCCCACAAGAUGGUUAAAUGACAAACUCUAAAGGCAGACAGACACCUGCUCCCCUCCUCCCCAAAUAUGCAAUUUCACGACAGUUACGCAUUUACUGAGAUCUUGUAAGUAUUUAUGUGGCCGCUAUCUUUUAGGGCACUGUCUUAGAGGGUUAGUCAUUGGAACGCUGGUUACAAAAAAGCGAGAAAGAAGCUGUUGUGAGCAUCUGCAUGUCUGUCUGAGGUGUCAUCCCCUUUGCAUGUUAAGUGCCUGCUCAGGUAAAUCUAAUGAACUUCCUAUCGUGGUAUAUUCUGCACAGGAAAAAAAAAUGCACCUCACAGCUGUUUCCAUGUGUAGAUUUAGGGGAGAGGGGAGAAGGUACUGAAUAAUUU